CUAUUGAACCGAGAUGAAAUUUGGUUUGUCACCGAUUGUCACACUAGUCAUUUUGGGUUUGGAAAUCCUGACAAUUUCAAAGGUUUUUAACCAGUUCAAACAACAGAACAUACACUAGGAAGGUUUCUACGAGAGUAUUUGUCAGUUAGAUAAGUCUGUUGUGAGUUGUCACAUUGAAAUUCACUGAACAAACCAAAACGUGACACGUCAGAAGUUUAGCAAACAAUGGAUAUCAAAUUAUCUGGUCAGCUUUGUUUGGCUCUUCUUUUGUCUUUUCUUGAGCAAAUGCUUGUGUCAGCAACACAAGAAGAUACAGUAUUUUAUGAGACAUUCGACGUGGAACCUGGUGGUGAAGUAAAGACAUUUACUGCACAUGUUGAUGGGCUGAAGUGUGAGUUCUCAUAUGCUUGCCAAGGCGGAACACUAGAGGAAUGGGCAAUGUCUAUAAAUCAUGAGAAAGAUGGUCAUUAUACGUGUGUGGUUGAGAGACCCGAGGGCCACCCUCAUUCAUAUAUAUUCUUUGAAGAGUUCCAACUUAAAGUUAGUGGAGGAGCUAUCAGGGAGGCAUUUAUAUAUAGUAGUGGUGAUCCACCUAAGCCUUUGGGUAAUGAUGAAUAUGAGAUACACAAACAUCAUAUUGAAAACACCGACAACUUUAAGCAUGGAUUAAACGGAAUUCAUGCUGUUAUUAGUCGAAAAAAGCAUCGAGAGUUAUAGCAUGUAUACCCGUGUGAGCAAACUUCAUCCAACAUUAUACCCAUAUACCUGAGUCAGCAAAAAUCAUUGUGAAUUAUAACAUGUAUAUCUGAGUCAGCAAAAUUAUAAUGAUCAACAACAUAUAUACUUUAGACAGCAAAAAUCAUCCAGAAUUAUAACAUGUAUGUCUGAGUCAUUAAAAAUAAUUGUGAAUUAUAGCAUGUAUACCUAAGCCAGCAAAAUAAUUGUGAAUUAUUCCAUGUAUACUGGAGUCAGCAAAAUUAUUAUGAAUUAUUACAUGUAUACCCAAGUCAACAAAAUUAUUGUGAAUUAUAGCAUGUAUGCCUGAGCCAGAAUAAUUAUUGUGAAUUAUUACAUGUAUACCUGAGCCAGCAAAAUUAUUGCAAAUUAUUAGAUGUAUACCUGAGCCAGCAAAAUUAUUGUGAAUUAUUACAUAUCUACCUGAGCCAGCAAAAUUAUUGUGAAGUUGUAUACCUGUGCCAGCAAAAUUAUUGUGAAUUAUUACAUGUAUACCUGAUUCAGCAAUAUUUAUGUGAAUUAUUUUAAUACAUGUAUACCUGAGUCAGCAAAAAAACAAAACAUCCUUACUUAAUGAUUUGGUCAUGUUUGUCAGUCUGCCAUUUGGCUGGAGAAUUCUUAGUCCUUUAACUGAAUGCUUGUCUAUGUUUAAUAAAUGACCACAGUUGGUUGUUUGGUCAGUAUAUCAAGGACAAAUACUGUAAGAAUGAAAAUUACAAACAUGCUUACUCUGACAGGCUAUGAUAAGGAUUAGAUCAGUGUUUUACAAUCAGAAAUAGAUGUCUUUUGAAUUUACAAAAAUAAUGUACCUUUCCUUCUUUUUAACAUAAUUUUCCAAAAGAUUCAUUGUUUUCUUUAUGUAUAUUGAUAAUUUAUUUCUGAAAUAAAAAAUAUAAAUAUAUAACACUACUUUUUGUGUGUAAAUAAUCAAGUAUAGAUUGUUAAUCAGAUUUUUGAGAUAGAGUUUUGCAUUUUGUGUCUGACUUGGCAGUUGCUUGAAAAGCACAUAAAGAAUUAGUUAUCAAAUCAAGAUAAAAUCAUACUUUAUACCUUAAUAUAUUAAAGUUUUCUCUAAGGGGUCAUCAUAUUGGGCAUGUGUUUUACAAUUUGCUUUAGUUCAUUUGUUGUUGGUGAUGGUUGCAUACAAUUUCUUAUACAAUGUAGGUUAUUUCCUUCAUUUUUUCCAAAACAAACUUGUACCACAUAAUGUCUUUGUGAUGUGGCUGGAUAUUUCAUAGCAGUUAUAUUUCACUAAAUGAAUUCUCUAGUUUAAAAAAUAUUUGGGCAUAAUAUAUCUUUAGCUUAAAUAAGUAUUGCCAUGUCCUUGCUUUUAUUAGGGACGCAUACUUUUUGUAUAGUUUGUCUGAUUUUUGAAAGAAAUGUACAAGGUGUUGGUGUCACUUAAUCAUUAACAUCUGAGUUUUGGAAAAAAAAUCUACGAGGUAUAGUUGUCACUUGAUUGUCAGCAUCGGUUAAGAUUUUAGUUUAGGUCCUUGUUUUCAUUUAAGGAGGUAGGUUACCUUCAUAUUUGUAUGUGCGCAUGUCCAACCGGAAGCUAACGUGACGAUUUACGACGACGUUUACGACAAACUAAAUGUGUUUGUAUAUUCAUUCUUCUGAAAACAAAUCAUGAACUUGUCUUCGAUCUGAUGCUUUAUGGUUUAAUAAUGCAGAAAUAAUGAAUAAAUUGUCGCAGAAACGCUUCAAAACAAUGUUGCCUUAAAAUGACGUCAUUGACGUUACGUGUCAGUUACCGCGCAAAAUUAAUAGCUUUUAUCUUGAAAGUACGUAAUUCUGUACAUUUUCUUUAUUUUAACUAUUUUCAAAUAACCUUUAUUUGCUGAAAUAUUUUUUAUGAGUCUUUUGCUCUGAAUAAUAAUCAAUAUUUUGCUUCUUUUAUGUAGUUAUAUUGAAAUGUUAUGCGGAAUGUAAGAAAAUGGAUGAUGGCAACCAAUGUUAUUUGGAAUAUAGUUGGGUGAAAGGUUACUUGUUACGGCCAUUUUCAAAAAAAAAGUCUAGCAGUUUGAUUUGUAAUACCUAUUUUUCAGGUUCCAUUGAUAAUUUGUUACUUACAUACUAAAACUAAGAUCUAAAAUUGUUCAAAUUUCAGUAGAAAAUUGUGGUUUCUUGAAUUGAAUUGAUGUUACCAUGGAAACGAAACCCGUGACCUAUGUAUCUAAAUGUAAAAUUCAAAAGCGUUGACACGGGUCUAUUUAAGAAACACAGCUUCGGCUUUUUAUUUUCAUUUCAACAAUAUCCAUGAGAAUAAUAGCAGCACGCUGAACGAUUUUUCCAUGAAAAAUGGCAGACGAGGGGUACUGCUGUACGUAUUCUAAGCUGUGAAAUUUGUUUGAAUAAAUGCAGAUAAUACGAAAAUGUAACCUACGUUAGAAAUAAUAUGUUUUAAAGCUACAUCAACUAGAAAGAUAAUCUUAUUCAAUUUUUUUUUUAAAGAAAUUACGACAAACAGCAAGAUAUAAGCUAUUUUAAACAUCUCUGUUGCCAUGGUUACUUUAAAAUUUAAGAAAAACAGGGUACCAUGUAAAGUGCUUGGUAUUUUGCUAAUAAUAUUACCCAAAUAUUUCAUGUUGGUCAUUAACAGAAUGGCACUGAAGCCGUCGAAAACCCCUAUUUUCAUACAUAGUUGUUUAAAAAUGAGAGAAAAUGCGUUACCAUGGAAACACGAGCCCCGUGACAUAUACAUUUUAAGCUUAUAUUAGAAAGAUAACGUGCAUACUAGUAAAAUUAUCAAUUAUGCAGACUUCUACGGAUACCAAUGAAACUAAAAUACACUGAAAAGUGUUAAAUAUCCGUAUUUUCCUUCUUCUUUCAAUAUGAAAUACCUUUGAAGGGUCAUGUUCUUCAAACCUGGAUAAAAAUUGAACUUGAAGGGACAGAGACAAACGAAAUUGAGAUUGUAGCAGUUAAAACUUCAUAUUACACGAAAUACAAAAACAUGCUGCGGUUCAACUAAUUUGAAUUUACCCUUGUAACAAGGUAUCCUACCUCCUUAACAGCAUUAGCUUUGAAACUUUGUAUACUUGUUGAUCAUCAUUGGGUGAAUUUAUGAAUACUAUAAGAGCUGUAGCUUUGAAACUUUUUACACUCAUUUGUUAUAGAUAGAUUAGUAAGCAGGUCAAGAACCAUAACCUUCUUUUGCAUUUUGUUAGAAUUAUUGCGCUUUUAAUUAACUUAGGUAUUUGUGUUUCUUGGUUAUUUUUUGUUUAUGUUGUAUUUUCUUGAAUACUAUUGUUUUGAACCUAUGCGUUUUUAUCAUCAGUAGGUGAGAAAGAAUGCCAAGAAAGAUAACUUUUUUCUUGCGUAUUGCCUCAAGUGAAAGUACUACAGAUGGUUGUUGACAAACUAAGGCAGUGCUCUUGUUGUUAUAUUUGGAAAUGAACUGAAAGUAUGCAUGUGAUUGUUCUAAAAAGAUCAAAGAUCUUAAAUUUAUUCUGUAAGGAUGUAAGUCUGCCUGUAGAGGUAUAAGCUUGCGAGAAAAAAGAUAUUGCUCUAAAGAUAAUCUGUAAGAUCUACUUUUUAAAACCUUUUUUCUUCUGUCCAAGAUGAGAACUGUUAAAACAUUCCACCUUACCAAAACAACAGUAAAUGGAGACAGUAGUGUAGAAGUGAAAAUGUUUGCAUGACAGGUUUUUGUGAAAAACUGAAGUAGGUGUUUUGUUAGUCCCAAUCCGUGACUCUAGUUACCUCCCCUGAUGGUCCGUCCACAGAUAUUAUUCUGUAAUAUCAAACUGAAAUGAAAUUAAAGUGAUAAUUACGCAGCGGGCUGGACUAGUGUUUUGUGUGCAGAAAUGUGCUUUCUUUCAUAUUGAGAGAAAAUUUCGUUGUCUUUUUGUUAGUGUACCGUUAUGUGGUGUGAUCUAGAGUUACUGAUUACCAAUUAUUGUAACUUGAAAAUGAAAGUAGAUACUUCAUAAAAGUUCAUUUUUAGUGCUACUACAGAUUAUAUUGUGUUGUUUGUUAAAAUAGACAGGCAGUUUUAAUAAAAUCACUGAUGUGUCAAAAUUAAGCUGUCCACCUCAGACUUUAGUGGGCAUGCACCUGAUGCAUACCUAAAGAAUCAGCACUUGGACUUUGAUAAUAUUUUUACAACAAUCAGUUAUGUCUGUGUGAAUGUAUCUAGCCUUGGACCAAAAAAGUAGCCUUGUACAGGUUUUAAAAAUAUCAUGUCUAAAUUUGUUAAUUCUUGAUAAGCUAUAUUUGUAUGUACAUGUAUUUUGUUAUAAUUUCUACAUAGACAAAUGUGUGUCGAAAUUUGCUAUGUUUAUAAAUUGACAUAAAAAAUUCCAGUGCAUAAGCAUGUUUGCAUUUAAAUUUUAUAGAAACAGCCUUUAUUUUGACCGGCCCUGCUUCAGCAAUGAGCAUUUAUUUGUUAGAACAACAACUGGAAAGGAAUACUGUGUUAAAUUUUUCUUGCCAGCUUGGGAUAGGACUGGUGAUGUGUAAACGUAUAUUCUGAACAAUUUUCAAUGCACUGUGUUGUUAAGAAAAAUGUCAGUAAUUUUAUAUCCGUUAUAGAGAGAGUAAUUUAAUGUGCUUGAGUGUUUUCAUUUUAUGAAUAGCAAAUGAAUGUGUAUUUGUUGUAUUGGUAUUGGGAAAUACAUGACAUUAAAAUGUUA